AUGUCGACGUCGACUCUUCAAUCCCAAUACUCGCAGGUCAUGGACACGAUCAGAUCACGCCCGACGAACGCGGCGCUGACGUCGACCGCGGUGGCCGCCGUCGCGCUCUUCACGGCCUGGGUGGUGUCCGACUUCCACGCGUGGAAGUCGUUCGGGACAGGGGGCACGCCGCCGACGUGGUCCGGGUACUGGGGCAUGACGAAGCUGCGCGUGGGGCGGAUGCUGUCGGGCGACGACCUCAGCGACGCGUCGGGCCUCUCGUCGGCCGCGGGCCCGUCGUACCUCGACGCCGACGCGGUGCCCGUCCGCGCCGGCCCGCGGCCGCCCAUCGUGUCCCGCACCAUGCCGCAGCGCCAGGUGCCCUACGGGGCCGGCGUCGUGGCGCCCGGGGUCGCGGACCGCACGGCCACGCUCCCGGCGACCUUCGCGGCGCGGUACCCGGACAUCCUGGACGUGAGGCCGAGCAGGACCGAAGGGUACAGCUCCGACGGCAUCUACGCGCGCGAGUCCCUGCCCACCGUCAACGCCGAGUGCGGGCGGCAGAAGUUCAUCGGGACCGAGGUCGCCCACGUCCACCCGGCCGACGGGAGUCUGCACGUCUGGCUGAGCGAGCCGGACGCCAAGACCGUCGUGGAGAAGGGCUGGGCCCAGAGGUUCCCCCUCGCCUUCAUCCCGAAGGGCUGGGUCAUGGUCUACGCCCCGAGGACCAUGGAGGAAGUCGAUGUCGUCGAGGGGAUCAUCAAGGCGGGCGUGGCGUGGGUCAGUGGUGUCACGACCGUUUUGACCUGA